AUGGCGGCGUCACUCCCGCGACCCGGGAGCCGGCUCUUCCGAACGUACGGAGCUGCCGGCAGCGGAGAGCCGCUGCGGCGGCCGGGCCGGGCGGCCGUGCAGUGGUUCAAGCCGCAGGGCCGGAAGUGUUUCUUCAGCAGCAGCAGCAGCAGCGACGGUGGCCCCUCGCCCUCUGUCGCCUCCGAUGAUCCUGACGACCCCGACUUCUCCGGCAGCCCGGUGGGUAGACGGCGACGGCGCGCUGGGAGUCGAGUCGCCCGGGACCAGCCCAGCCCGACGGCGACGCCCCGGCGCCUGAGGCUGCGAGCUCGGCCGCCGCAGAAGUGCAGCACCCCCUGCGGCCCGCUCGGCCCCCCGCCCUUCCCCAGCAGCCACCCGGGCCGCCUCAGCCCGGACCUCAGUGGGUGCCGGCGGCCCACGGACGGCGGCGAGCUGGGUACCAGCGCCUCCCUGUUCAGUUCUCCGGCCUCUCCCGGCCCCGGGUCCCCAGCGCCUGGAGACGGCAGCUUCUGUACGGACCCCUCCGCCUCUCUGGAUGCAGCCUCGGAAGGUCCGAGCGACCUGCACUUCCCCGCAGCCACCCUGAACCAGCCACCUCUCCCCGGCUCCCCGGACGAAGCUACGGAGGGAGGCAGGUUCGCCAGGUUGGCUUCUCAAGCCCGUGCCAGCCUCAGGUCAGCUCUGUUUGGUUCUGCGGACUCAGGAAAGCCUGAGGAUUCUGAGUUUGGGGCUGACGGGAAGCAUAUGAGGGAUUCUUGCUGGGAGAGGAAACUGUUGGGAAAGAGACCGGAGACCCCAGAUCUAUCAUGCCCCUGUAAGAAUGGGACCACACACCAGGGCUCUUAUCAAGAGACUGACUCUCGAAGGGCUAUCCAGGUAGAAUGUGAGGAGGCCAGUGGUUGCAAGGGCUGUCCUGGACCUGGGGAAAUCAGCAGGCCUAAGAGAACAGGGCUGAGACGGAAAAGGAAGCAUCAAGAGACAGAGGAAAGCUCCCUCCAUGGCCACGGGUCUGAAAAAGGCCAGAAGGUGGGCAAUGAGUCGUUCCACACCCAGGACCUGACUCGUGUGUUGAAUGCCUGCUCAUGGACCCAAACCAGAGCUUCCUUCAGUUUCCACAAGAAGAAGGUCGUGACUGCUGCAUCCGAGGUGUGCGGCAACAAUAGCAUUGCCAGUUCUUUCUCUGGGUCCCUCCUAGCAGAAUGUUCAAGCCCUCCUGUCAUGAACAGAACCAACAGUGCCCUGUCCCCUUGGCACUCCUCAUCCAUGCAUUUGCUAACCCCCUUAAAGGAGCUACAUGUUGCAGAUAAAAAGGAAUUUGAUGCUGAAAAGGUUUAUGGGGAAUGCAACCAGGAAGGUCCUGUCCCCUUUAGCUAUUGCCUUCCCAGAGAAAAACUACAAAACUGUGAGAAGAUUGGGGAAGGGGUGUUCGGAGAAGUGUUUCAAAUAAAUGUCAAUCACACCCCCGUAGCCCUAAAAAUCAUUGCUAUUGAAGGACCAGAUUUAGUCAAUGGUACGCAGCAGAAAACUUUCGAAGAAAUCCUGCCCGAGAUCAUCAUCUCCAAAGAGUUGAGCCUCCUGGCUGAUGAGGUGACCAAUCGCACAGAAGGCUUUAUUGGGCUGAACUCAGUGCACUGUGUUCGAGGGUCCUACCCUCCCUUGCUCCUCAGAGCCUGGGACAACUAUAACUCAACCAAAGGUUCUGCAAACAACCGGCCUGACUUUUUUAGGGAAGACCAACUUUUCAUUGUGCUGGAAUUUGAGUUUGGAGGGACUGACUUAGAGCAAAUGAGUAAAAAGUUGUCCUCCCUGGCUACUGCAAAGAGCAUUCUUCACCAGAUCACGGCUUCUCUCGCCGUGGCAGAGACCUCACUGCACUUUGAGCACCGAGACUUACACUGGGGGAAUGUGCUCUUAAAGAAAACCAGCCUCAGAGGACUCCAGUACACUCUCAACGGAAAGACAAGCACGAUCCCCACUUGCGGGCUGCAAGUCAACAUCAUUGACUACACCCUGUCACGCCUGGAGCGGGAUGGAAUCGUAGUCUUCUGUGACAUUUCCACGGAUGAGGACCUGUUCACAGGUGAAGGUGACUACCAGUUUGAGAUCUACAGGCUAAUGAGAAAAGAGAACAACAACUGCUGGGGUGAAUAUCACCCUUACAAUAAUGUACUGUGGCUACAUUACCUCACAGACAAGAUUCUGAAGCAAAUGACCUUCAAGACGAAGAGUAACACCCCUGCCAUGAAGCAAAUGAGGAGGAAGAUUCUGAAUUUCCACAGGACAAUGCUGAACUUCAGUUCUGCCACAGAUCUGCUCUGCCAGCACAGUCUGUUUAAUUAAACUGAAGGUGCCUUGACCCCAGACUGAACGAGGACGACUUCUGAAGAUCUGCAGCUAUUUUCAAAUCUCCAGAGCAGAGUGGAAUUUCCCAUUCUGAAUAUGUUUCUAAUCAGCUAUCCAAAGAAGAAUUUUGCUUCCGAGAAAAAAACUGAAAUGUUUUAACUUGUUAACAAAUGUGCUUUAAAAAUAAAUUACAUGGGGACAAGUAUGUAUAGCUUCUAAGCCCUUUUCCUAACUUAGCAGAGUCCCUUCUGCAAAUUCCUUUCCAUAUUUUCAUUUUUGAGUCUUGGCACUUGAUGUGCAAAAAGUUAGUAAAGUUCAGGGGAGCUCAAGGCCUCAUUUGCCAUAGUGACCAGAGCCUGUUGCUGUGUACGGUGAGGCUGACUUGUGCGAUGAGAUGUCAGCCAGAACACAGGCCAUAGCAAAGCUGAGGCCAAAAGAGACAGACUGGGGGAAGAGGGAAAAGGGGGGUGGCAGGCAGUUUAUAGGGAGAAGUUCGAGAAACACCAUAUGCUUACCAAGCUCAUUUGCCAGCA